CUCUACUUAGGACAAGUCUCAUCAUCCAUCAUCGAGGUCUCUUCAGAAACCAGUUCCAGGUCACGAGAUCAGCAUGUUGGUGAAGGAAUACCGGAUCUGCAUGCCCCUGACCACAGAGGAGUACAGGAUUGGCCAGCUGUACACCAUCAGCAAGCACAGCCACCAGGAGAGCGACCGCGGGGAGGGAGUGGAGGUCAUGGAGAACCGAGCGCACCACGACCCCGUCCACGGCGACGGCCAGUACACGGAGAAGCGAGUGCACCUCUCCAGCAAACUACCCAGCUGGGCACGCGCUGUGGUCCCUCGUAUAUUCUACGUGUGCGAGAAGGCUUGGAAUUACUACCCCUACACCGUCACAGAAUACACAUGUUCUUUCCUUCCAAAAUUUUCCAUCCACAUCGAGACAAAAUAUUCCGACGACUGCGGGGACGACGACAGCAUAUUUAAGACAGACUCCAAAGAAGACGAUCCGCACGAGGUUUCAUUUCUGGACAUCGCGUUCGAUGAGAUCCCAGACAGAUAUUACAAGAGCAUGGAGGACCUCCGGCACUUUGCCUCCAGUAAAACAGGACGAGGCCCCCUGCAGGAGGGCUGGAGGUGUCACACGCGGCCGGUUAUGUGCUCCUAUAAACUGGUCAAUGUCAAGUUCGAAGUUUGGGGUCUUCAGACACGAGUGGAGCAUUUUGUACACAAGGUCAUCCGCGACUUGCUUCUCGUCGGGCACCGCCAGGCCUUCGCGUGGGUGGACGAGUGGUACGGAAUGACGAUGGCCGAGGUGCGGGAAUACGAGAAGGAAACGCAGGCGGCCACCAACAAGAAGAUCGGACCAGUAACUCCCACCAUCACCAUCAGCACAGACGUGCAAUGCCCGGCCAUCCGCAGCGCUCCCGCCACCCCUAUCACCGGCGAGCCGCCAGAAUUCCUCACCCUUCCCAAAGACCGACCGCGCAAGACGUCGGCCCCCGACACCCUCACCCUCCCGGAACUGAGAGAGAGAGCCAACGGCCCCUCCAAUCCCCCCCCUCCAUCCAACGCAGACAGCUGAAAGCGAGAUACAACGCCACCGCCGCGGCUCCCACCCACACGCCAAAGGAAGCGGCGCCCCGAAAGGCAAAA